GCAAUGGGUGUAGAGGGAGAGCUCCAUUGGGGGUAGAAAACCAUGUCGCUGGCAUCGACGUUGCCCAGUUGCCGGUCGGUCUUCAGCGCGAACAGUCGUCAUCUGUCCGGGACAGAUUUUUAAGGCUUCCCCAGGCUGAUAUGUAUGCAAAUACAUUGUAGGCGGCGUCGGAGUAACGUCAGAUAAGAUAAGCCACCUUCCACCUGCCGCCUGCCUCCGUUCUGGAGGCGAUAAGUUGGCUCGGGGAUUAGCGGAAAAUCAAACACAGCUUGAAUACCAAAAAAAUUCUUCAAAGAGGUGAUUGAACCGGCCAAGUGCCAUGCAGGAAUCUGGUAGCUCUAGCCAGGGAGGCCCCUCCCUGUGCCUGGAGUGGAAGCAGCUUAACUACUAUGUGCCUGCUCAGGAGCAGAGCAACUACAGCUUCUGGAAUGAGUGCCGCAAGAAACGGGAGCUGUGUAUCCUUCAAGACGCCAGCGGGCACAUGAAGACCGGCGACCUCAUCGCCAUCUUGGGCGGAUCCGGAGCUGGUAAGACCACGUUGCUGGCGGCUAUUUCGCAACGGCUGCGCGGUAACCUGACCGGGGAUGUGGUUUUGAAUGGUAUGGCCAUGGAACGGAAUCAGAUGACGCGCAUCUCCAGCUUUCUGCCACAGUUCGAGAUCAACGUGAAGACGUUUACGGCCUACGAGCAUCUGUAUUUUAUGUCUCACUUUAAGAUGCAUCGACGCACCACCAAGUCGGAGAAGCGCCAGAGGGUAGCGGAUCUCCUUCUGGCUGUGGGUUUACGGGACUCGGCUCACACCCGCAUCCAGCAGUUGUCUGGCGGAGAGAGAAAGCGACUGAGCCUGGCCGAGGAGCUAAUAACCGAUCCAAUCUUUCUGUUUUGCGAUGAACCCACCACGGGACUGGACAGCUUCAGUGCCUAUUCGGUGAUUAAGACACUGAGGCAUUUGUGCACCAGGAGACGGAUAGCCAAGCACUCCUUGAACCAGGUCUAUGGCGAGGAUUCCUUUGAGACGACGAGUGGCGAGAGCAGUGCCAGUGGUAGUGGUAGCAAGUCCAUUGAGAUGGAAGUGGUGGGUCAAUCCCAUGAGAGUUUGCUGCAGACGAUGCGAGAACUGCCCACCCUGGGCAUCUUGAACAAUAGUCCCAAUGGAACGCACAAGAAGGCGGCCAUCUGUUCCAUCCAUCAGCCCACGUCGGAUAUAUUCGAGCUUUUUACACACAUUAUACUGAUGGAUGGUGGAAGGAUCGUGUACCAAGGACGCACGGAGCAGGCAGCCAAGUUUUUUACAGACUUGGGCUAUGAACUCCCGCUGAACUGCAAUCCUGCAGACUUUUAUCUCAAGACUUUGGCGGAUAAGGAGGGUAAAGAGAAUGCUGGAGCUGUGCUCCGGGCCAAGUACGAACACGAGACGGAUGGACUCUAUACAGGAAGCUGGCUUCUGGCGCGUAGUUACAGUGGAGAUUACUUGAAGCAUGUGCAGAACUUUAAGAAGAUACGUUGGGUAUAUCAGGUUUACCUGUUGAUGGUGCGCUUCAUGACCGAAGAUGUGAGGAAUAUCAAGAGCGCUCUCAUUGCCUUUGGGUUUUUUAUGAUCACCGCUGUAACGCUAUCCUUGAUGUACUCCGGCAUCGGGGGACUGACUCAGCGCACAGUUCAAGAUGUGGGCGGCUCCAUCUUCAUGCUCAGCAACGAGAUGAUUUUUACCUUCAGCUACGGUGUCACGUACAUCUUUCCCGCCGCUUUGCCCAUAAUCCGUCGUGAAGUGGGUGAAGGCACCUACAGCCUCUCCGCCUACUAUGUGGCCCUGGUGCUCUCCUUUGUCCCAGUGGCCUUCUUCAAGGCCUAUGUCUUUCUGUCGGUGAUAUAUGCUUCCAUUUACUACACUCGCGGCUUCUUCCUCUACUUAAGCAUGGGCUUCUUGAUGAGUUUAUCUGCGGUGGCAGCCGUGGGCUACGGUGUCUUCCUCUCCAGCCUAUUCGAAACGGACAAAAUGGCCUCGGAAUGCGCUGCGCCAUUUGAUUUAAUCUUUCUGAUCUUCGGAGGAACCUACAUGAAUGUGGAUACAGUGCCCGGUUUGAAGUACCUUUCGUUGUUCUUCUAUUCCAACGAGGCGCUAAUGUACAACUUCUGGAUCGACAUUGAUAAUAUAGACUGUCCCGUCAACGUGGAUCAUCCUUGCAUCAAGACCGGUCUGGAGGUGCUGCAGCAGGGCUCCUACCGCACCGCCGACUACACCUACUGGCUGGACUGCUUCAGCCUGCUGGUGGUGGCCAUUAUCUUUCACAUCGUCUCCUUCUGGUUGGUGCGAAGAUAUGUACAUCGCAGUGGAUAUUAUUGACACGCUUUUA